AUCGCCGUCUUUUGGUGCGUCUAACAGAGCCGCUACGCAAAACCGGACGCAAUCGCUCGUCGCACCGUCUUACUGACAACCCAUCGCUGCUCGGUGGCUCGAAUCGCUGCACGCCGGCGGCCGCACGGCACCCAAACAAGGCAGCAGCCAGCUUACGAGCAAGCGGUGCCUCGCCGGCCGCGCGCGCACUCCAGCUUACGAGCAAACGUGCCUCGCCGGCCGCGCGCGCACCGCACACACACAAAGGCUCGCGCGCCGCACGAAACGCAAGCAGCUCACCCCUCGCAACCGUAGGUACCGCUUGACUCGCGCACAGACGCGGUCGAGUGCCUCGUCGAGGCUCAAAGGUCUUUUAAGGCGACACAAAGAUGGCGGAAGAAGAAGCCCCCAAGGCCUGGUCCUUCGCGGACCAGAACAAGGACGAGCAGGCCGUCGCGCUCGCCGCGCUGGUCCUCGACCAGUGCGGCGAGGGCGACGACAAGUUCGCGCCCGAGAAGUUCGAGGCCGUGCUGAAGGCCGCGGGCCUCUCGGUCGCGCCGCACUGGGUGUCGGUGUUCUCGAAGGCGGCGACGCUCGCCGGCGACCUCGACUGCAUGUGCGGCGCGCCGGGAUCGGGCGGCGGCGGCGGCGGCGGCGGCGGCGGUGGCGGCGGCGGGGCCGCGGCGGCCGAGGAGGAGAAGAAGGAAGAGGAGGAGGAGGAAGAGGUCGACAUGGGCGGCGGCAUGGACAUGUUCGGCGACGGCGGCGGCGGCGACGAUUAUCGCGUUCUUUCUCUCAAACCGCGCGCUACAAACGCAUACACAUAUCAGUCUCACGCGAGCUCACAGAGCGGCGCUCGGGCGUCGUCGUGCAUGCGCUUCCACGCCGCGGGGAGCCAGGUGUGCAGGCGCCACGGCGCGAGGGGCCGAGCCCGGAGGUGUUGCUCGGCGUCGAUGCCCAGCUCCGCGUGCGCGAGCAGCUGGUUGAGUUCGUUGUGCGACGGCAGGUUCACUCCCAGGUCGUUGUUUUGGCUGCCGAAUUUUGGGAGAGCUUCUCCUUCGCGGCCUCGCCUCAACGGCGAGGGGGGGGUCACGCAGCCGGUGCGUGACCCGACGUUUCCUGGGCCCCGCGACCCGCUCGGGGUGCGACGAGCCUUCCCGGCGGCCGACGCCACUAGGACGCGAGCGCCGCCGGCCGCGCGCCUCGCGGUCGCCGCGGCGAGCGAGCGCGACCCCCGUACUCGUGCACCGGGAGCUCAACGCCGCCGCCGCGGAGACGCCUGCGUGCGGGUCGCGCCCCGCGACGAUCGAGCACUGGCCACCAAUCAAGCUGCCCGAGCACAACAAGCACUUACAGCGCACCAUCGAUCGUCAUACUGCACGGAACCAUCCCCCAUCGAUCGAAGCUUGAACAGAAACCAGCCAUAGGCUGCCCGCGAAGCCGCAGGCAUGGUCAGUUCCUUCCUGCUGAAAAAGGGCGGCUCGGUGGUCGGCCUGCGUAGGAAUUGGAAGCGACGCUGGUUCCUGCUCGAGAACGACACGUGCGAGCUCCACUACUACGCGGACCCCUCUUUGAUGGAUCAGAAGGGCACCGUGCGGCUCUCCGCGAAAUCGUCGGUGCGCGUGCCCGAGACAGUGAGCAUGCGCGGCCGCCACCGGCCGAAGCCGGGCGAGGCGACGCACUAUUUUGAACUCUGGGACGUCCAAGAUGCUCAUGGUAGAUCAAGGAAAACUUUCAAGGUCCGAGCGGAGUCUCCUAGAGAUUUUGCCAACUGGCUCGAAGCUUUGGAUGCGUGCCUCCGCCGGUUGCGGGGCGACGCGGAGGCCAUGUCGCGGUCCUCGAACGAGGCCUGGGCCGCGCCUCACACUCCACGCAGUUCAGGCGGGAGGCAGGAGAGCGUGUCUUCAAUGAUGAUGAUGACUACCCCCGCGGUGCGCGUCGAUGGCGUCGCAGCGGACGCGGCCUUCUGUAAGGGCAGCAUCACCACCGAUGCCCGCCACAUUGCCGUUAGCGCCCCAUCCGGCGACCGUGGAAACACCUAGAUCAGAAACUCAUGACAUCGACGCCAUCCUGAGCCACAGCGAAACCUCAAAACGCGAGAAGAUCAUGGCCAUCAACCGACUCGCGAUUCCCGGUCCGCUGAAGAUGGCCGGAAUCCGCGGCGACCAACGGUGUAAAAGCUCUGGCGCCGCGCCGCCUCCAGCGCCGUCCGACCCGUCUCUGCCAAAGAAGCGGGACGAUUUGCGCGGGCUCAUCGCGUCGACAGACGCCUGCGCGCUGGAAGCGGCCGUCGACGCCGUGAUCGGCGCGGGCGCCGACUACGACGACGAUUUACUGAUAGCAGCACGUACUAGAGUACUUCGCCGUGAAGACGGACGACGCGCGCGCGGAGCUGGAAAAGGCCCUGGCGGCCUGCAGCGACGACGCGUCGGCUCUAGGCGACGCGACCGCUAUGAUCGCCGGCGGCCUCGAUCCGGAGGAGCCGCCGUGGCGUCCUGCCGGAGGCGCCUU